CCCACGCAGAGUGGACAAGACAGAUACACUUUGCUCGCUGGGGCGAUUCCCUGAAGGCGGAUGCAGGCAUUGCCUAAAGCGCACCCUCACCCGCCUGAAGCACUUUUUGUACAGUCAGACGACGAUUUCCCCCCCAGUCACCCCUGACUGGGGGCCACAUGAUUGAGAGGUGCCAAUUGCCACCUUGUCCUCCGCAGCGUCUGCCCUGGCCGCUCCCGGGAAGAGCUCCAACGCCAGGUCGUCGCGGGCGGGGCCCUCGACAAUGAAACCUCUGCCAAAGAGGAGUGACCCUGGGGCUCCACGCUGGCGGCCAGUGCUUGGGCGCGCAGCCGUAGACCCGGCGCUGCCCAUCCCGCGUAUCCCGGGCGGGGCGCGGCUCGGCUAACCCGCCUCCCUUCCAUCCUCCCGGCGCCCGCCCGCGGCGGCCAUGGGGGCGCGGCUGGGGCGACGGGCAAGAGCAGAUGCCCCUGCGGGGCCGAGUGCCGGGCCGGCGCCCUACGAGCGCCGGGUGCGCUGGCUGCGAGAGAUCCAGUCCACGCUCCGGGAGCGGCGGCCGGAGCGCGCUCGGCAGCUGCUGCGCCUCCUGCGCCAGGACCUGGGCCUUGAAGGGAACCUUCUCACUGACAUCCUCUACCGGAAUGUGACUUUCCUUAACUUGGUGGACCCCAUCUCCCAUGACCUGCUGGUGAACCUGGCCCGGGACCUGCAGUGCCCCAAGAAGGACCAGGAGCUCUGGAAGUCCUCGGACAAGAUCUGCCGGCAGCUCAUCUACCACCUCACUCCACACUCCAAGAGAAAACCCCACAGGAAAACCCAGAGCAGCCUCAAGAGCAGCCUCCAGAAGACCCUGUUGGUAGGGGAGACUGUGGACCUCUCUGGCAUCCCGCUCUCGGCCCGGGAUGUGCAGCACAUAUCCCGCUACCUGCACAGUCGUGGCGUAGAGCUGGUGGUCCUGGACCUGAGCUUCACAGAGCUGAGUGACGAGCUGCUGCAUCUGCUGCUGCCCAGCCUCUGGGCUCUGCCCCGCCUCACCCAGCUGCUGCUCAAUGGCAAUAGGCUGACCAGAGCUGCUGCCCGGGAACUCACGGAGGCGAUCAAGGAUGCCGCCAAGUUCCCCGUGUUGGCCUGGGUGGACCUGGGGAACAACGUGGAUGUGUCUUCGCUUCCCCAGCCCUUGCUGGUUGGCCUACGGAGGCGACUGAGCCAGCACACCUCGCUCCCUACCAUCUACGAGGGCCUGGACCUUGAGCCAGGGGGUGGUGUGACUGAGACCACCACUGCUGCUGCUGCUGUCUCCAUCUGGGGCUCUGCCGCCACGGAGGCGGGACCAGAGCCACAGGGUUGUUGUGCCAGGUGACUUGCUACUGGUCUGGUUCAAUGCUAAUGACUGAGGUCUUUUAAGAACCAGGUAGUAGAGGCCCAUGGGUGUUCCUCAGAGUGACAGUACUUGGGGUGGAGUGGGUGGAAAGAGAAGGGUUUCGUGGGAGGCAGGCCAGGCAGCCCAGACUAGGGGCACUCCAUCUUACCCAGCCAGAGGUGCCUCAGCACCCGAAGCCCAGACCCUCCAGGGAAGGAUGGUGUCCCUCACUUCAGGCUUUAUGUACCACAGACUUCAAAUUCCAGGCCUGCUGCAGACGUAGGAAAGCCCCACCUACCCAGAGUGGGUAAACCAAGAGCCAUGUCGAUGUUCCUUUAGUGCUUACUGGGAGGUCUCCAUGGAACCAAGAUGUAGAGGUCAUGGGUUCAGUGGUGUGGGCUGAGGAGUUAGAGGAGACCCGACCUCAGGGCAGGGUCUGAGCUCUAUAUAUUUGGGAGCUUCAGGAGAGAAGGUUGGGAGUCACAGACAGGCAGAUGCGCGGAGCCGGAGUGCAACCGCCAUGAGAGCUAUUCAGUGUGCACUGGGCUGGGGGCAAGGCUCCCUCCACACACCAAGGGCAAAGCCAAGGUGGAUCUGGAAGUGGGACGAUUGACUUUGUGUUUGUCCUCCUUAGGACACUGCACUGGCCACUCUCCCCGGCUCUAGUCCCCACCCUUCCUGUGUAGGCUGAGUGAGUCUCUCGCCAGGGUGAGGAGAUGCAUCUGGCUGGAGAUGAUGAGCUGUAGUGUUUCCUUUGGUUUUGGUGGGGGGGUCACGCACAGCAUGUAAGGGGGGGUGGAGGUGGGGCCCAGCCAGCAUUGGGAGUUCUCAGGGCAGAGUGGACCUAAUGGUAUCUCUCUAGGGAGUUACUGUCUUCCUUUCCAGAAUCCCUCAAGGUGGCCUUCCAACUAGAAGCCUAAAUGUCUGGUCACCCUCCCUCA